AUGGAUCUAGUAAACCACCUAUCCGAUCGGCUGCUAUUUGCAGUUCCAAAGAAAGGACGACUGCAAUCAGCAACGCUCGAUCUUCUAUCAGGAUCCGACGUUCAGUUUCGCAGGGAAACGCGGUUAGAUAUUGCUCUGGUCAAGAACUUGCCACUGGCUCUUAUCUUCCUACCGGCAGCAGAUAUACCCACGUUCGUUGGUGAAGGACGAGUCGACUUGGGAAUUACAGGCAGAGAUCAAGUUGCAGAGCACGAUGCCCACCUGCCACUUGGAGAGCAAUCUGGAGUUGUAGAAGUUAUGGAUCUAGGGUUUGGAGCAUGCAAGCUACAGGUUCAGGUUCCUGAGAAGGGUCCACUUCAAGAUGUCAAGGACCUAGUUGGCAAGAAUAUUGUCACUAGUUUCACAGGUCUCGCAGAGGACUAUUUUUCUCGACUCGAAGGCAGAGGAAGUCGCAAGGAAAGUAUCAGCGGAGCAGACAGCCCAAUCCCCAAGUUGAAUACCAAGAUCAAGUUCGUUGGCGGAAGUGUCGAAGCAGCAUGUGCACUGGGCGUUGCGGAUGGGAUUAUUGAUCUGGUAGAAUCGGGCGAAACCAUGAGAGCCGCCGGUUUAAAAGCAAUCGAUACCGUGGUGGAGAGCACCGCUGUACUGAUCAAAUCAAAAUCAGUUUCCAACGACAAACUCGCCAAUCUGAUUGAAGCAAGAAUACGGGGCGUCAUCGCUGCACAAAGAUACGUCCUCUGCCAGUACAAUGUACCACGAGAGAAACUCUCAGGAGCAACAAAGAUCACACCAGGAAGGAGAGCACCUACGAUAACGGCGUUGGAGGAACCGGACUGGGUGGCCGUCAGUGCAAUGGUGGAGAAAAAGAAGAUCGCCACUGUCAUGGAUGAUCUUACGGGCGUGGGUGCUACAGAUAUAUUGGUGCUGGAUAUUGCAAACUCGAGGACGGGCUAG